AUGUCUAGUGUUAGAUUUUUUUUAUGUAUUUUUCUAGUUCUUUUCACAUUUAUUGAUAUAGUUAAACCAUUUAAAGGAAAUUAUGGAGAUGCUAAUUAUUCCUUUUUUCAAGCAACACCUGUUAACAAUACAGAAGAAACUCAGAAAAAUGAACCAACAGAUGUACAAUCAAAUAUAACACAAAAUGAAGAAAUUAAUAAUACGAAACCAUUACAAGAAAAUAUAACUACUAAUCAACAAAAUAAUAAUGAACAACAAAAUAAUAAUAUAGCACAAAAUAUUAGUGAACAACAAAAUAAUAACGAUACAACCGUAUCUCAUACUCCAAACGACACAAGUAGUAAUACUAUAGAUAAUUCAAAUAUAAACAAAUUAGAUAAAUCAAAUGAUACAAAUAAUAUAAUAAAACACGAAGAAAAUAAUCAAACAAAGGGAAAUAACCCAGAAACUAUUCAACAUACCGAACCACUAACUAAUCAAAAUACAAAUGAAGUUAAAAUAAAUGAUCAUAAUGAACAUGAAAAAAAUACUGCAGAAAAUAAAAUAGAGGGACAACAUAAUAACAUAAAUCAUCAUUCAUAUGAUAUAAAUAAAAACCAAAAUAUUAAUAAUAAUAUUAUAAAUGAAAAUGCAGAUAAAAAUGUCCCACAAUUAGAACAAACUGCAAAUUCUAAUGAACAACAUAUAAAUGAACACACAACUAACCAUCCUAUUGAAUCACACAUGGGUGAACAUAAUCAUGAACAAAUAAAUGAACCUACCCAUAGUGAAAAUGCAACCACUCCAACAAAUGAACCUACCCAUAGUGAAAAUGCAACCACUACAAAAAAUGAACCUACCCAUAGUGAAAAUGCUACCACCUCAACAAAUGAAACUACCCAUAAUGAACAUGCAACCACUACAAAAAAUGAAGCUAUCCAUAGUGAAAAUGCUACCAACUUAACAAAUGAAUCUACCCAUAGUGAACAUGCUACCACCUUAACAAAUGAAGCUACACAUAAUGAACAUGUUACCACCCCAACACAUGAAGCUACACAUAAUGAACAUGUCAGCAAUCCAACAAAUGUACCUACCCAUAAUAAACAUGCUACCACCCCAACACAUGAAGCUACACAUAAUGAACAUGUUACCAAUCCAACAAAUGAAGCUACCCAUAGUGAAAAUGCUACCACCUCAACAAAUGAACAACAUGCCCAUGAUCAAAAUACCGAAGUUCAUCCAAAUGACAAACUGGCUGUUGUUCCAUUCCAAGGAAUAAAAAAUAACAUUCCCUCAAAUGAAUCACAACCAAUUGUAAGUUUUCCAAACGAGGAUGAUAAUCAUGCGCACAAUGAAGGUUCUAUAAACACAUCUGUUGAAGGAGAACACAAUAAUACAGAAAAUAAAGAAGGUCCCAUCAUUACACCAUUAGAAGGAGAAAAAGAAGGUACUGCAAACAAAGAAGAUGUAACACCUACACAUAUAGUAGGGGAACACGUACCACCUCAAACACAUCAGGGACAUAUCAUUACACCAGUAGGAGGGCAACAUGUACCCACUCAAACACAUCACGAACAUAUGACUACACCAGUAGGAGGACAAUAUACACAUGGACAAGAAAAUAAUGAUGCUACAUAUAUGACAAUGAACACGGAUGAAAGUAGCAACAGUGAUACAAAAGGAGAACAUUCAAAUUUACGAGCUUAUAAUAAAAAUAUGAAUAAUAAUAAAGUGCAGAAUGAUAAAUACGAUAGUGAUACGUUAUCUAGCGACGGACUUGAUGAUACAUAUUCAAGUAUGCAACAGAACUUUGAUAAAAACGGAAUCGAUAGUUUUAAAGGGAAAGGAUUGCAUGUAUCUUUAAGAGAAAGAAUAAUAAUGGAAAUAAUGGAAAGUGCAAAGAAUGGAAUAGAUGGUUUAUUAAAAUUAAAAGAUAGUAAAGACAGUGGUAACUUAUUUAUGGAAGCAUUAGAAAAGUUAAAUAUAAAUAUCAAAGAAUUAAAUAAGAAUAAAAAUUUAAUAUCAUUAGAAGUAUAUGAUAAAAUAUUAUCAACCAUGUUUAAAAUAUUAACCGAGAUGUCUUUUUAUGAAGAUUCUAAAUUUUAUGAAACCUUAGGUAUAAAAAAGGAUAUAUUAAAUCAAUCAUUAAAAGAUAUAAAAAUAAAAAUAUUAAGAAAAAUUGGUGUUUCAUAUAGUAGGUUACCACCUAUAAUAAAACAUACCGAAGGAAAAUGUGCACUCAAAGAUUUAAUUAUAAGUAUAUCAUCAAAAGAAUUAGCACAACGUAUGGCAAUCAUGUUUAUAAAGUGGUUAUCUCCUGAUGAAUAUGGAUCAGUUGUUGAUUAUAAAACUAAUGUAGAAUUAAAUGUAUUAUGUUCAGGUGCUCCUAUACUUAUACAACAAUGGAAAUAUUAUCAAAAUAUGUUAGGGUUUGAAGAAGAUAAAGAUCAUGCAUAUUUAGGAUUAAUAGAUGAAUUAUUAGUUAUGAAUAAAAGAUAUAGUGAAAACAAAGACUAUGUUAAAACAUUAGAAAAUAUAAAAAAAUCCAAAGUUUUUAAACAUUGCACAAAAAUUAUGAGAAUUGGUGGUAAGGUAUCAUCUGUACCUUUUAAUUAUGAAAAUGUAAAGAAACCAAGUUCAUCUAUUAUUGGUUCAUUAGGUAAUUUAAUUAAGGCUAAUAUUAGUACAUAUUAUAAGGCAACAGCUCAAAGAAUUAAUUCUUAUUUUCAUUAUACUGAGAAAAAAAGUAAAAAAUCAAGCCCAUUGAAAAUUAUCUCAGUUUGUACUCUUCUACAUAUAACAGAUAUGUUAUAUAAAUGCUCAGAUGAAAAUUCUAAUGGAGUAAUGGAUUUAUAUAACUUACAAUUUAAUACUCUAAAUAUGAAAGGUAAAAUGGUAUUACAAUAUUUAGUGCACUUGAAAUUCUUAACUGAGGAAAAAAAAUCUCAUCUUAAGGAGAUAUGCGAGCCCCAAAACGGAUUAAUAGAUGAGACAUUAACCAAGAUGUUAGCUCUACUAUCAACCGACUCUCAUGAAUUAUUAUCACAUGAAUUAGAAAAUAAAGGAUUUGACGAAGAUUAUAUUCAAGAUGAAAUAAAGAAUAUAAACGAAAGUGAUAACAAUAUUAGAGAUAAAGAAGAAGACGACGCUGAAAAUAUGAUUUUUGAUGAUUUAUAA